UCUAGAGAAAGCAGCGUGGUGUGUGUGAAGGUCGAGCCGGUUGAUAGAGGCAGAUAGGAAGGCAGCUGAAAGAGGGAACAUACCUCGUGUCCCGCAGUGUCUGUGAAGUCCUCGGCCCGGUUUGAGCUGUGUUUGUAACAGGAUUCCAGAGAAACAGAAAUGGAUCAGGCAAGGUCUACAAUAUCCAAAAUUUUUAAUGGGGAGCCUCACUCCUACACACGUUUCAACUUGACCCAGAACAUGGAAGGCGACAACAGCCAGGUGGAGAUGAAGCUGUCAUCUGACAUGGAUGAGGAGGUGGGGGGAAACGGCACGGCAGAACACCUCAAUCACAACUCAAACCGCAAACCCUAUGUGGCUCAAAAGCUUGGACGCACACCCAAGAAUCUGUGCUUCAUGGCAGCUGCAACACUCCUCAUCUUUAUCAUUGGGUAUUUGAUUGGUUACCUGGUCCAUCGGAAGAAGGACAUAGCACAACCAACCUGCACAAACUCCGUUAUUGCCCCUGCGCCCCCUUUUGUUGACGAGAGAGGUUCUGCUCCCGUCUUGGACUGGGAUGACGUCAAAAAGCUCCUCAAUGAAAAACUUAGCACUUCAAAUUUUGAAACAGUUUUCAGUGAGUUUUCCAGUUCCAACCACCAGGCUGGUUCUCCGGGAGAUGAAGAUCUGGCUAACAAGGUUCAUAGGAAGUUCAAAGAAUAUGGCAUGAAAACCUGGACCGAUGAGCACUUUGUCAAGGUUCAGGUGCUUCAAGGCACAAACAAAGUGACUUUCAAGGGUCAAAUGAUGGAAACUCAAGGAUUCCUGUCUUACAGUGCCAGUGGACCUGUAGCGGGCGGUGUCUUGUAUGCCUAUUUUGGACGUGAAGGUGACUUCAGCGACCUCCGUAACAAGAACAUCAACAUGAGCGGCAGGGUUGUGCUGGUCAAAGCUGGUAUGAUCAGCUUUGCAGAAAAGGUAGCCAAUGCUGCAAAAGUGAAUGCCUCUGCUGUACUGAUCUACGCAGACCCAGAUGAUUACAGUAUUGGAGAAACCACUGCGCUAUAUGGACAUGUCCACAUGGGUUCUGGGGACCCCUACACCCCAGGCUUCCCCUCCUUCAACCAUACGCAGUUCCCUCCUGUUGAAUCCUCAGGUCUGCCAAAAAUCGUGGCUCAGACCAUUACAUCGCAAAUGGCCACUAAUAUUAUUAGGCAGCUGCAGGGUCCAGAAGCGCCAAGCAGGUGGGGAAGCCUGAGCAGGCUUGGAAGUGAAGACGAUGUCAUUACUGUGGAGGUCAACAAUGUCCUAGUUGAGAGGAAGAUCAAUAACGUUUUUGGGGUCAUCAAGGGCUAUGUGGACGCAGAUCGAUAUGUUGUUAUUGGCGCCCAGAGAGAUGCAUGGGGUGCAGGUUUUGCCAAAUCAACAGUCGGUACCAGCAUCCUCAUGGAGCUGGCACGUUCCAUCUCACAAAUGGUGGAGAAUGACGGAUUCAAGCCAAGGAGGAGCAUUGUGUUUGCCAGCUGGAGUGGUGGGGAAUAUGGGAGCAUUGGCGCCACCGAGUGGCUGGAGGGUUAUCUGUCUUCCCUGAGCAUGAAAGCCUUCUCUUACAUCGACCUGGAUGGUGCUGUUACAGGUCGACGUGCAUUUAAAGUGUCAGCCAGUCCCUUGAUGUACACUCUGAUCGAUGGUGCUCUGAAUGAGGUCACUGCCCCGAAUACAGCUGCAACUCUCUUUGCCCAGUAUGGAAAAAAUAACUGGGAAUCCUUUUUGUUGGAGAACAUGAAGCAGGAGAGCGCUGCAUAUCCUUUCCUCGCCUUUUCUGGAAUUCCUUCACUCUCAUUUAGAUUCUCCAAUGGUAAUUUGGACUAUCAGUACUUUGGUACAAAUCUGGACACACGGGAAAAACUGAACAUUGCCACAUCCAACGAGGUUCCUCAGCUUGCUCAAACAGCUGCUCAGUUUGCAGGUCAGAUAGCACUGAGGCUGGUCCACGACUACAUCUUGCGGCUCGACGUACAGAAGUAUGACAAGAUUAUCCGUACGAAGGUCGCUCAAAUAAACAGGAAAGUGGCUGAUGUUCAAAGGUUGCAGCCCCAGCUUUGGCCAAAGGCCCUGACGAUGCAGUGGCUGAUGUCGGCGUAUGGUUCCUACAGCCGUGCCUCUCGCAACCUGGAAUCGGACAAGAAGAACAGUGACCUCGAGGACGUUGAGAUGUGUCGCAUAAUCAAUGAUCGCAUCAUGAUGGUGGAAAGGAACCUCCUGUCUCCCUACGUGUCUCCGUAUGAGAGUCCUUUCCGCCACAUCUUCCUCGGCUCCGGCUCUCACACAGUCGCCGCGCUCCUCGAUCACCUCGACGCCCUCAAGACCCAAAACCCAGAGGCCGACGCCAACCAGUUCCGCAACCAGUUCGCCCUGGCCACCUGGACCCUUCAGGGCUGUGCCAACUCACUAGCAGGGAACAUCUGGUCUUUGGAUAACGAAAUCUAAAAAGUCUCAUUCCCCCGUUCAUGGUUUGGCCCUCUUACAACAGCUGGCAGCGUGAAAACUAACAAAGCUAAUACCAGGAAUAACAACAAUAGUGACAGAAUUUGGAAACUGAAGCUGUUUCUAAAACUACAAUUAUCAUUUUCUGUAACUGCCCUCUGAAAUUUAACACAUGACAUACAAUGAAUGAAGCCUUCUGCCUUAACUAAAACAAAUAGAACUAAUGUCAGCAGUAGUGAAGUUAUACAUAGAUCGGUACAUUUUCCCAGAUUAAUUUUUUUUUUCUUCGUGAUGCGCAUAUACAAGCUGAAUAUUUUUGGUGCUAGUAAUGACUACCUUUAAAACAGGCAGCACUAUUUAAAUGGAGUUGAAUGUAGUGACAGCCAGUAAUAACCUCAUCAGCACAGUAUCAGGUCAGUCCUAGCUGAGUUUACCAGCUCAGAUAUGAAAGAAAACCUAAAAAGGCAGCAUGAUAAGCUCCUUACAUCCCAUGUGUUUACCAUAAAAAUUACAAUCCACACCUGCUGCUGUAGCCUCAUGUUCAAACCUGAGCUGGUACGUGUCGGAGCCAUGUCACUCAACUCGCUGUCAGAGAUUCAGAAGUUGCUGAAAGGACGGGAGAUGAAUCAUACGUCAACAGUUUUUGUCUGUUUGGGACGAUCAGCUGUUGCUACUCGACGCCGUUUGAUACCAAUGCUGCUUAAAUCUUGUAGAGAAAAGUCCUUAUGUGCAACAGCUUCAAAAACAAAAUCUGAAUUCAACUUUGACCAUCUGAAUCUUCCACUUUCUUACAUAAUCUUUGUAGGCCUUUCAGAAAUCAAGGGAAAAGGUCUCCAACCACGUGGCACUGAAACAGAAACCGUACGUCUAUUUAUUGUUAUUUAUUUAUCAGUGGCAGGGUUCACUAUAAAUAGUUUUUUUUUUAUUGCCUUUUAUAAAAAAAAAAGUAUAAUUAUCGGGAGCAGUGCCUUCCAUAAUUAUGACAGUUAUACUGUCGAAAUGACAAAAGCAGCAUCUGCUUAAAGAAGUGUAUAUGCUUACCGACGGCCAGUCCUUGACACGCGCAAAGCACUUCUGAGGUCAGUGCUUUUCCAAUUAACUGACACUGGAUUGGCCCUUUAAGCAAGGCCAGCUCACAUAUCACAUCAGAGAAAAUAUUUACUCAACACCUCUGGCCUUCGGUCGGCGCUGGUCCCUUGGUACAUGUACAUUUCUCAUCCUGACAGCAUUAUCGGGUGCAGUGUCACCCAUAAUGAUCAAGAAGAAGGUAGUUUUUGCCUACCAGUGUGUGUCCGUAUCGGAGGCAGUGCCCUCCAUAUUUCACUGUAGGGGUGGAUUUUUUAUUAUCGGGAACAGUGUUUCCCAUAAUGUUGUGUAUAUAUACAGUUAAUUGCUACACAAUGCACUUGUCGUCCGCAUUUUUAGAUUCCUUUUUCCGCUAAAGCCAUCACUACGUACAUCUGUAGUUGCCUCCCAGACAGGAUAACACUGCACACAUACAUGAAUGAAAGUGUAAGCGUGGGUAUAAUUGUUGGAAAAGCCUCAUGUUUUGCCUCUGAAUGUUUCCAUCCAGUCCGUGAAGUGAAGAUGGAGUUGUAUGUCUUCAUUCUGUUCUGGGUUGCUUUAAUUUGCUUAUUCUCUUUAGUCAAGUGCUGAUAGUUUUGGUUUUUUUGUUUUUUUUCUGGGUUGUAUAUGGAACAUGUAUUGAAAGAUCUUUUAUUUUGACAAAGAAAUGUUACAGAUAAGUGUAGGACCUUUGGUUACAACAACGAGGUCCUGUAUUUCCAUGAAUAAUCACCACUCUGCAAUAGGAGUGGUAGUUCUGAUCCAAUCUGUGUGAAAGUACUUUCUACCUUUUUAUUAUGAUGUGUUCAUUCAUUCUUGUUGAAGAGAUUUACUUGUGCCUUGUGAGUUCUUGCAUACAGUACUUUAAGAGAUUUUGAGGAUGUAUAUUGGUGUAAUGUUUCUUUUUUCUUUGCUCCAUAUUUGCCAGAAUCAAAUGUUACUGGUGUCGACGCCUGUCGUUCUACAUUAUUAUAGAAGUUAAUGUAUGAAUGUAACGUGAAAAAGACAGGAUUCAUUCAGAUGAGCGUUACAGUAGGUGAAGAGGUUGUCUUUAAAUAAGCUCAUCUUCUCACUAAUUGCUACAUCUUUGGCAAAACCACCUGUACAUUCAGUACAAAAAUCAAUUGUUGAAGCCCAGUUUUUUUUUUUUAAAUGAACAUUUAAUCAUUCUUGCGUUCAUAGUUGAGUGUUUGAAAUGAUCUGCUGACAAGCUGUAUUCUCCAGAUUGUCUUUAAGAAUGAAUUGUGCUUUAAGGAUGUUGACAUGAAUUGGUCAUAAUUGAAUGUUCUUCUAAUUUGGAUUAAAAAAACAUACGUGAAAAUUGAUAAAACUAACAAUGUGGAUGUCUUCCCCCUCAAACUGUAUACAAGUUUGCUUAGCUUUAUGUUUUUGUUGCUGCAAUAAACAAUCACAUCACAGUU